AUGGGAAGAGUUGGUGCUGCCCGCCUUCGGGGCGGAGGUCUGGAGAAGGACGAGGACGCCUCACCGCAUCCAAAGUCAAAAAAGCAAACACCGAAGGCACCCGCCCGCCCCUGGCACUGGAACCAGAACGGUUUUCAUAACAACUCGCCAUCACACGUGAGGCACGCCAGGCGCCGUGCGUACCUGCCUGAGCGGGCGGUGCCUCCGGUCGUGCCGAGAGAAGAGAAAUAUUCGCCAGCGUGCACGACACAUGGCUUGGCCAUGGCGUUCGCGGGUCACGAGUGGGGCGCGGAUGGCUGCAGGAAGGAGGCUUGGCAGCGUCAAUGGCUCCAAGACUCCUGA